GACAGGAAAUGUUGCAAACUGCCCUAGCAACCGAACGCGUGACUAGCGACGCUGAGCUUGGCAUCCUAUCGUCUUUGAAAAUUUGAAACAGUAGUCAUGCCGCUGCUUAUCAAAGACUACACAUGGACUCAAACGGAAUCUAUGAUCUAUAUAACUGUACCUCUAAAAGAAGCAAGAGCUGGAAAAGUUGAUAUACUUUCUGCAGAUGAAUAUCUUAAGGUUAGCGCCCCCCCAUUCUUGUUCGAAGCUUUUCUCAGUGCGGCAGUAGACGACAGCAAAAGCGCAGCAAAGAUUGGGGACGGAGAAAUUGUCUUCACUCUGCAUAAAAGAGAAGGGGCCAUCUGGGAGCAUCUCGUUUUACAAAAUGUUGAAAAAGAGAAUCUUCAAAAUAUUAGGCAAAAUGCCAUUUUAAAAGCCCAAGAAAAUGCCUUAAAAGAAGCAGAAGCAAAGGCUGCUAAGAAGAAAGCCAAUGAAAAAUAUGCAUUGGAGACCAUAAUGAAGAUAGAGGAGGACCAAAGGAAAAAGAUUGAGGAAAUCAAAGAAGUGGAGCGACGCAGAGCAGCAGAAGAGCUGGAGCGCUGGAAGGAGAAGCAGAGGAUAGAAGCUGAGCACAAAAUAGCCCAGCAGAAGCUGGAAGCGGAAAAAAGAAACACAAAUGGAGUAAAGGAUCUGCCGAAAUCUGACACUCAAACUGGGACCAAAUCAGCUCAGUCCAAGAAGCCAUUGGUGGUAUCCUUGCCUCCCCCUCGAUCUGCAGGCACAAUUCAAAUCAACUUCACACCUCGUGUGUUUCCUACAGCUCUACGAGAAUCUCUAGUGCCUGAAGAAGAAGAAUGGCUUAAAAAACAAGCUGAUGCUAGGAAAGCAUUGAAUAAUGAUCUCUCAGAACUGAAGGAUCUUACAGAAGAGGAGAAAAAUCCAGAAUGGCUAAAAGAGAAGGGAAAUAAAUUAUUUGCAUCACAGAACUACCUUGCUGCAGUGAAUGCCUACAACCUGGCUAUUAAACUGAACAAUAAACUCCCAUCCCUGUUUCUAAAUCGUGCUGCAUGCCACCUCAAACUAAGAAAUCUACACAAAGCAAUUGAAGAUUCCUCCAGGGCCCUUGAGUUGUUAACACCACCAGUUCCUGAUAAUUCAGAAUCCAGAGUGAAAGCCCACAUUAGACGUGGAACAGCUUUCUGUGAAUUAGAAUUGUAUGUAGAAGGUCUGCAGGAUUAUGAUGCCGCUCUUAAAAUCAAUCCACAUAAUAAAGCCGUGGCUGCGGAUGCCGAAAAGAUCAGGCAGGUCAUUCAAGGAACGGUACCCAGCUCCUAACAAAAGUAAAUGAGAGACUGAUAUAAAACAUAAUAACUUCUCUUUUGUGUGACAUUUUUUGUUGCCAUUGACUUGCUGGUCCGUCAGAUAUUUCAUAUUUUCAUGGUUACCUCGUUUAUUUAAACAUGCUACUACUUUAAAUAUCACUAGCAAUAAAAUUCAGAUUUAUUUUU